ACUGGUAAAAUGGCCGCGCUUUUCUAAGGACGCUGUUAACCUCAUCACGUUUUUGAACAUUGUUCACAAUUUUUAUUUUAUACUCAUCUAAGGGUGAUGAUUAACUUUUCAUAUCAUGCUGGAUCUAGAUGAUGAACCUCAAAUAAUUCAAGCCGUCUUCCAAGGAGACGCCGAUCUUAUUCGAUCGCUUUUGUACAAGAAAGAGGAUGUAAAUUAUUAUGAUACGGCAAAACGGACAGCUCUUCACGCGGCAGCUUUUUGUAACGAGCCAGAAAUUGGGGAAUUGCUCUUAUUGAGCGGUGCGCGAGUGAACGCUAAAGAUAGUCAUUGGUUAACACCUCUACAUCGUGCCUGCUGUUCUAAGAGUGAACAAUGUGUUAGAAUAUUCUUCGAACACGGUGCCGAUGUUAACGCUAGAGAUAAAUGUUGGCAAACACCAUUGCACAUAGCUUCUGCUAAUAAUGCAGUUAAAUGUGCUGAAUUGUUGAUGAACCAUUUGACAAACGUUAAUGUCUCGGACAGAGCUGGUCGGACUAGCUUACAUCAUGCUUGCCUUAAUGGCCAUACUCAAAUGGCCGAAUUCCUUUUAGAUCAUAGUGCUGCGGUUAAUGCAUUCGAUAAAAAAGAUAGGAGACCCUUACAUUAUGCUUGCUAUAUGGGCCACGUUGCCGUUGUUCAAAUCCUAUUACAACACGGUGCCGAAGCGUCAUGUAGAGAUUAUCAACAAAAUACUCCAAUUCACGCAGCCUCAAGUUCUGGUCAAACAUCCGUUGUUAGGUUACUUUUGGAUUUAGGAGUUGGCGUUGAUACCGUAAAUGGCCAAGGUAAUACUCCCCUACAUAUUGCCUGUUUAAAUGGGCAGGAUGUUGUCGCUCGCUUGCUCAUUACUCGAGGUGCGAAUAUCAACGCCACGAAUAAUGACGGUGAAACGCCUUUGCACUUUGCUGCUGCAUCAACGCACGGAGCUAUGUGCUUAGAAAUUUUAUUAGGUCAACGUGCUGAUCCUAAUUAUGUUGAUAAUCAGGGUCGAUCUCCGUUAAUUAUGGCAGCUCUGCACGAUAGGUGUAUGAGAGCGAAGAUGCUUAUCGAAAUGAACGCUGAUGUGGAACACGCCGAUAACAACGGUAACUCAGCUCUUCAUAUAGCAUCAAAAUAUGGCCAUCACCUUCUCGUGAAAACACUUUUGGAGCAUAAUGCAGAUAAGCUAAGAAAGGACAAUGACGGAAUGACACCAAUGCAUCUAGCCGCUUUAUUUGCUCACGAAGAGUCAAGUUGCCUGUUGAUUUGUGAUGAAGUUUUGAAAAUAGUUGAUUUAGAAGAUAGAACCUGUCUACAUGCGGCAGCUUGUGGUGGAAAUGUGGAGAUAUUACGGAUGAUAUUAAAAUCUAAUUGCCCAAUAGACGUAAACAUUUGUGAUACUAGUAAUCGAACACCAUUACACUAUAGUUGUUUGCAUUCUCAUUAUGAAUUUACGAGAGUUUUAUUAGAGCAGGGAGCCGACUACGAUUUUCCCGAUGAAAAUGGAUGCUCACCUUUGCAUUAUGCAUCUGCUUACGAUUCUGACGGGCGCAUUGUUGAUAUUUUAUUAUCAGAGGAGGCAAAUUUAACGGCAACAGAUAGAUUGGGUUUUAACGCUUUACACUAUGCCUCUGUUAAGGGAAAUAUCAACGUUUUUUCUGUUUUAUUAACUACGACGGACCUCAUACAACCACCUAUUUAUCCAAUACAUUUAGCAGCCUACUUUGGUCAUUCCGAUGCUAUUCAUUUAUUAGCCGAGGUUACUCAGCAAUUAGACGUUGGAGAUCAAAGCGGAAGAACACCACUACAUUUGUCGGCGGCUCAAGGACAUGCUCAUGUUUCUCAACUUUUACUUUCACUGGGAGCUUCCAUGUAUGUACAGGAAGGAAUUACGAAAUCGACACCGCUGCAUUUCGCAACCGCUGCUGGACAUUUAAGCGUAAUUAAAGUCUUAUUAGAACAUUGCGAGGAAGAGGAAGCAGUAAAUUGGCUUAAUGGAGAAGGAAGAAGUCCUUUAAUGUUAGCAUGUAUAAUGGGACAUACUGAGUGUGUACAGCAUCUUUUAUCCUAUAAUGCCCGAGUCGAUAGUCCAGAUGUUCAAGGACACGGGCCAUUACACGCCGCUGCAGGUAACGGAUUCGAGGAAAUAGUGGAGGCUCUUUUGCAGUGUGGAGCAAAUAUUAUUGCAAAAGACAAAAGCGGAAAAACCGCAUUACAGUAUGCAGCAAUGGCCGGACACGUACCGGUUUUAUCCACUCUACUUCGCUAUAUGGAUGAUAUUGACGUAGUAGACAGGUACGGUUACACUCCGCUCCAUUGGGCUUGUUAUAGCGGCAACGAAAUAUGUGUUGAAAGUUUAUUACAAAAGAAAGCAUCAAUAGAAGAAUCGAGUAGCGAAACAAGCCGUUCCAGUAUUCGUUUUGGAGCAAAUUUUCCAGGAAAUACUUUUAGUCCUUUGCAUUGCGCAAGCCUUAACGGUCAUGAUGGUUGCUGCGAUGUACUAUUUGAAUUCUAUCAUCAAACAAUUGUUGAUUUAGAGGAUGCCAAAGGAAGAACAAGUAUACAAGCAGCAGCUUACGGAAAUAACGUUGAAACUUUACAAAUUUUAACUAAACAUGGUGGUGAUGUAAAUCACCAGGAUAUGCAAGGCAAAACUGCGUUACUAUAUAGUGCAAUGUCCGGUUCAAAAGAUGCUUUUGAAUUCUUAUUGGCAAAUAACGCAAAGAUUACUGUCUGUGAUAAAGAAUCCAACUCUGUUCUUCAUUACGCUUGCCUAAAUAAACACUCCGAUAUUGCUUUGCUCAUUCUGAACAAUAACGGAGCGUUGUCUCUUAUCAACCAAGUGAACGCUGACGGUGUUAGCGCUCUACAUUUGGCUGCCAAAAAUGGUCUUGUUAAAGUUGUCAAAUUAUUAAUUCUACGUAAAGCCAACGUAUUAGCCGUUGAUAAACACGGACAUACUCCAGCUUUAGCAUGCGCUCCGGAUUACGCCGUUGCAGAAUGCUUAAGCCUAAUACUUCAAGAAAUUUUACCGAAGAUAAAAAAUAAUAAUUGUUUAAUUAAAUCCGCCGCCCCUUCGGAAGAAGACCGAACGCCUUCGCUCAGCUCAGAUUCAGAGUAUUUUUAA